GCGAGUCGGAGGGCGGAGCCGCGGGCCGGGCGGGCAGGUGCGCGCCGGCGGGAGGGCGGAGCCGCGAUGCCGCGAUGGAGCGCAGCCCGGGCGGGCACCGGCGCUGGGGCCCGAGCGCCAGGCGGAGCGCGAGCCGGAUCCGCAGCCGGAGCCCGGGCCAGGCCGGGGUUCGGGACCGCAGGGCCGGGCUGCUCGUAGCGGCGGCGACGGAGCCCCCCAGCGGCUGAGGGGCGUCCUCCCAGCGCCUGCCGGUGGCCGGGACCCUGCAAGCCCCGCAGCGGCGGAGCGCGGGGAUCCCCCGGUCAUCCAGCAUCCAGCGAACCCCAGGAAGCGGGGGCCCCCCAGAUCCAACGCCGAGCGACUUCCCAGCGGGGAGAGCGGAGACUUCCUCUGUAUUCCGAAGACAGAUCUCCCUGCGGCUCCGCGGAGACUCCCCCUCUUCGGUCUGGGCCCCCCAAGACCUAGAACGCAGUGCUCCCGGAACGGGAUUGCUGGAACCCCUCCCAAGACCCUGAUCAUUGCAACUCCACACCUCAAGACACGAAGACCCAGCUCAGAACUCCCCUAGAUUAGGGGAUCCUAAUCCCCCCCAGCUCCGGUACACAGAAAUCCCAGAUCUAGGAACCCUCACCAGCAAGAAGCCUCGGGGACCCCCCACCCCCCGCAAAGCUACGGGACCGGGGCGACUGAGCCACUGACGGCACCCUUCGCAUCCCGGCCCAUGAUUGUGGCGCCCUGAGCCCCCGGGGCCGGGCUGAUCAAGACCGAGACGGCGCCCAGGCCCCCUGCCGCGUCGUCCCCGCGGCCCCAGCCCAGGGAGAAGAUGAGUGUGGGCUGCCCAGAGCCCGACCCUCCUCACUCCCUGCCCUGCUGUGGGCCGGGGACCACCCCGGGGCCUGGCACAGGUGUGCCCCUCCUCACGGAAGACAUGCAGGCGCUGACCCUCCGCACUCUGGCUGCCAGCGAUGUCACCAAGCACUAUGAACUCGUCCGGGAGCUGGGCAAAGGCACCUACGGAAAGGUUGACCUGGUGGCCUACAAGGGUACGGGCACAAAAAUGGCACUGAAGUUUGUGAACAAGAGCAAAACAAAGCUAAAGAACUUCCUGCGGGAGGUGAGCAUCACCAACAGCCUCUCGUCCAGCCCCUUCAUCAUCAAGGUGUUCGACGUGGUCUUUGAGACGGAGGACUGCUACGUCUUCGCCCAGGAGUAUGCGCCUGCUGGGGACCUGUUUGACAUCAUCCCUCCCCAGGUUGGGCUCCCGGAGGACACAGUGAAGCGCUGCGUGCAGCAGCUGGGCCUGGCGCUGGACUUCAUGCACGGGCGGCAGCUGGUGCACCGCGACAUCAAGCCAGAGAACGUGCUGCUGUUCGAUCGCGAGUGCCGCCGGGUGAAGCUGGCGGACUUCGGCAUGACGCGCCGCGUGGGCUGCCGCGUGAAGCGCGUGAGCGGCACCAUCCCCUACACGGCGCCCGAGGUGUGCCAGGCGGGCCGCGCCGACGGCUUCGCGGUGGACACGGGCGUGGACGUGUGGGCCUUCGGCGUGCUCAUCUUCUGCGUGCUCACCGGCAACUUCCCGUGGGAGGCGGCGUCGGGCGCCGACGCCUUCUUCGAGGAGUUCGUGCGCUGGCAGCGCGGCCGCCUGCCGGGGCUGCCGUCGCAGUGGCGCCGCUUCACGGAGCCAGCGCUGCGCAUGUUCCAGCGCCUUCUGGCCCUGGAGCCCGAGCGCCGUGGGCCGGCCAAGGAGGUCUUCCGCUUCCUCAAGCACGAGCUCACGUCCGAGCUGCGACGGCGGCCCUCGCACCGCGCGCGCAAGCCGCCCGGCCCCGGGGACCGCCUGCCCGCUGCGGGGCCACUGCGCCUGGAGGCGCCCGGGCCGCUCAAGCGCACGGUGCUGACCGAGAGCGGCAGCGGCUCGCGGCCCGCGCCCCCCGCCGUCGGCCCGGUACCCGUGCCCGUGCCCGUGCCCGUUCCGGUGCCCGAGGCUGGCCUGGCGCCCCCGGGGCCCCCCGGCAGGACCGACGGCCGCCCGGACAAGAGCAAAGGGCAGGUGGUGCUGGCCACGGCCAUCGAGAUCUGCGUCUGAGCCGGCCCCGCCGCCCUCGGGCCAGGGCGCCGAGCACGCAGCCGGGCGGCUGGGGAGCAGCCCUCGGUCCGCGCUGAGCCGGUUCUGCCGGGCGGCGGGAAAUGGAACAGCCGCUGCGGCGGCGGGAGGGAGUAGUAGUAGAGUAGGCGGCCCAGGCACCCGGCCGGUCCGGCGGCGGGUGAUAGAGCCACCAGGAGACCUCGCGCGCGGCCCGGCUCGUGGGCCUUGGCCCAGAGAAGCCAAGCCCCGCAGACCCGAGGAUUCAGAGACCCCCUGACACCGGAAGCCAGGGAGCUUGCGGGCCAGACUCCCCCAUACCUCCUUGAGCCCUGGGACCCCCUAAAAGUUGCUCCUGACCUUUUGCACCCCCUGGUAGAUCAUCCUACAGUUCCUGCCCUUCUGGCCACUCCUCUGUCCCUUCUGCACCCUGGGCACAGAAAGGGACUGAAGUGUAGGGCAGAGAAGGGGCCUUGAGCCCUGGCAUGGGGCCAGGUAGUAGAGGAUCCAGCGACUGUGGGCAUGUCCUGCCCCUUUCCUGGGAGGCUGGAGGGAGAGGCCAAGCCCCUGGAAAAUGUAGCAGAAGUCUGGAUGUCACAUAAGCGUGUGUGCGGGCACAGACCCCCAAGAAUCUAGUACGCCCCUACACCCCCAUUCUGCUGAUGAGAACCCUGAGCCCAGGAGGGAGGGCCAUUGCCUUGGCCACACAGCCACUGAGUCAGGGCUCUGGUAGACCUUCCCCUUUCCCUUAUCCCCCCAAACUACUGUCCUUACACCUCUGGGGACAGAGGGCUCCAGGGCAGGGGUCUCAGGGGCCACUACAACCUCUAGGGCAGGGAAGCCCAGGGCAGGUCCAGCUCCCCCGGCAGGGCCACCUGCUGCCUGCCACAGGACCCCCUCGCAGAUCCCCCAGCCCUCGCUGCUCCAGCCGGACACAAGGCCUGGGCUCCAGGAGGCAGCGAGUUGAUUUGCAUCAGUAAUUUCUCCUGGGCUUCUCUGGGGUCAGACACCUCGACAUUGCUCUGUCAGGCUGCCCCCCCAUCUCCACAGCCCCUGGAGAAGCAGGGGUAGGAGUGUAUCUGUGGGCGUGGGGGGCGUGGAAGUGUGAGGGGGUGUGUGCGGGUGCGCAGAGCACACACGUGUGCAGCCUGGUGCAUCCCGGUGACUGUGCGUCCAGACGCCUCCAUCCCCUGCCCAGCCCCCCAAGGCCUCCUCACCAGGCAGCUGUCAAAGAGGGCGGCCAGGCCUGCAUUUUGACCACACCCCUCAGGGAAUCCGGUGAGGAGGCACCUGCAGGUUGGUCCAGGUCCCUGGGCAGCAAAAUGGAGAGGAAAGGAGCCAGCCUCAGCCAGCGCUCCCCGCCACCCUGCCCUCUGUGGAGCCCUGGGCCCGCAAUAACCUCAGUGGGUGAGGCUGCUCCCUCUGCCUGGCAGUGCCCCACCCACCAGCCGGGGCUGCCUCUACCAGGGUUCCUCCUGGGGUUCUGGAGCCUUUGAGGGGACUCCUUGAUAGGCCAGGCCUGCUACAUGGGACACCACCACCCUCUGGCCUGGAGUCCCACAUCUCCACUCACCCCUCAGUCCCAUCCCGCAAAAGGGCUAUAGGUGCCCCUGCCCUGCCCGGGUCCAGUUUACAAUCAGCGUGUGGUCGUCCCAGGGCCUGGCCUGCGCCUCGAUGCACCCGAUCCUCGAGACCCCACCUCCCCCACGGGCACGGGGCCCAAUACGCCAGGUAAGUAGCAAACCCCCUCCCGCCAAGGGCCACAUCUCAGAGAAGGCCCCACCACUGCCCCGGCCGCCUCCUGGGCCGCCCAGGCCCUCCUCUCCCAGCAGCCACUCCUCCUUCUGCCUUAGGCCUCUCGACAUCCUGAUCUCUCCUGCAAUAACAAGGAAGCGAGAUUCCACAGUCCACGUCCCUCGCCAGACGCCCUCUCCCCCUCUGUUGAGAUCCUGUGUGGGAGUUUUCUCCCUCGUCGUACUCCGUACUCGUAUCUAGGAUGUUAGAGCUCGGAGGGGACCGUAGGUACGUAGCCCAGUCCCCUCGUUUUCAGCGGCAGCAGCCAGCCUGACCCUGAGCAGGACUGGAACUGGGCCAGGAUUCUGUUCCUGCCACCGCCGCCGCCGCUGCUGCUGCUACCGUCUCUGUUGGUCGGGUUGGGACCCUUUGCCCCUUAGGAGAGGUGUUGGUCACAGAUGUUUACCUCAGUUUAUGUCAUUGUCGAAGAAACAAACAAAAAAUAGCAAAAAAUUAAUAACAUCGUAGACAUGGAAACGUAGAAGACAAAAAAAAAAAGAACAAAAAAAAAAAAACACAAAAAAACCUCCCCCUCGCGGUUCUUCUGUGAAGGUACAAUGUGUACAUGUGUGUGCGCACGUGGGUGUCUCACCCACCCUGGGGUGGGCCGGGGCGUCCCGGACCUCUGUCCAAGCCCCUGUGUCUCCCACACUGCCCCCGUCCUUCGGUGCUUCCCAGAGGCCCUCUGAGCUGGCCUGUGGGGUGUGGGGAGCCCCGUGGAUGGGAGGGGGCCACAGGCCAGCUGGAGGGUGUCCACCAGGUCCACUGAACAGAGCCCCAGGCUGGUAGCAUUCAAGCCUGGCUCGGGACCUGGGGCAGGGUCCUGGGCGGACCCCAGCCCCGGAGCCCCAGAUUCACGUCUUGCCACCGCCACCCCCACCCCCAGUAUGUGUUUGUAAAUACUCUGGCACCCUUUGGCCCUGAGAAGGUUUUUAAAUGUGUUAUCUACUUCUCUAAUCAUGACAAUUGCUAUAAAAUAAACAAAAGUUUAGAAAAAUCA